UCCAAGCUAGCAAUGCACAUCUGUUCAGGCAUGGAUGCUCCCGCCGUACCAAACAACUCAGCUCAUGCAAACUUGUAGUAUGGUUCAGCCAAAAGAUGCUGGACAUGAAUUUGCCUGCUGAGCUGAGUAUAACUGUACUUUGCGCUCCUAUCGGAUCUACCAACUGAGGAUCUUAAAGCACUUCACAGUGAAAUACCUCUGUGAGCUAAGUAUUAUUGUCUGUAGUCUAUAGCUGGGGAGCCAGAUCCUCAGCUGAUGUAAAUGUGCAUUUAUGUUAACUUCCUCCUGCUGCAGUUCUUGCCCGGGGAAUGAGAAGCAGAGAACUUCAUUGAUUUGCCUAAAUUCACACAGCAAGAGCAUAGAUUAUCCAAUUCCCAUACCUAUGAUUUAACAGCAGGAUCAUGCCUAUGCCCCACAGAUGAGGAAGCAUCAGAAGAUUCAGGCCACCCAGAACUACUCGGCUAACCUGGAUUAUUAUACGGGUUCUAGUUCUGUGUUGCUGUCAUACGACAACCCGUUUAAUCACACAGACAUAAUUUGUGAAAAAAGUCACGCCCGGCAGUUUGCUCAAACUUUCCUGCCAGCAUUUUUCAGCAUUGUAUUCUUCAUCGGCACAGUGGGUAAUGCCUUCGUCAUCCUUGUCUACUGGCAAUACAGAUACAGGAAGAGCAUCACCGACAGAUACCUGCUGCACCUGGCCAUUGCUGAUCUGCUCCUUGUUUUCACUCUCCCUUUCUGGGCAAAAGCAGCUUCAGAUGGCUGGACCUUUAAGAAUGUCAUGUGUAAAAUUCUCAAUAGCAUGUACAAGAUCAACUUCUACAGCUGUAUGUUAUUUCUAACAUGCAUUAGUUUUGACAGGUACAUUACAAUUGUCCAGGCCAUGAAAACUAAGAACUCUAAGCGAAAAAGGCUUCUGUGCAGUAAACUAGUUUGCUUUGGCGUUUGGCUGAUUGCAAUAGGCUUAUGCAUCCCAGAAAUAGUAUACAGUGAAUCUAAGCAAGUUAGUAAUACAACUACCUGCAAGAUGGUGUACCCUACCACAGUGACCCGAACCACCAAAGUUACAGUCCUAGCUUUGAAAAUCACAAUAGGAUUCCUCCUUCCUCUCUUCGUCAUGGUUACUUGUUAUGCUUUUAUAAUUCAUACCCUCCUUCAAGCCAAAAGAUCCCAAAAGCACAAAUCAUUAAAGAUCAUCAUCAUUAUUAUCACAGCUUUCCUCCUCUCCCAGUUGCCCUACAACAGCAUUUUGCUGGUCAAAACCAUCAACGCCUACACCAUGGUUAUAUAUGACUGCAAAACCUCUGACAACAUUGACCUCGGAUUCCAGAUAACUCAGAGCAUCGCUUUCCUUCACAGCUGCCUGAACCCCUUCCUCUAUGUGUUUGUUGGGGAGAGAUUCCGUAAAGCCCUCUUUAAAACACUGGGGAACAUGACUCAUUGGACUGGCAAGAGCCGAGAACAGAGCUCUUUCAUAUAUGAUAGCCAAGAUGGGAGCUCAAAUAAGUCCUCUGCAUUUCUGGGACGGCGAUAAAUCAGGGUCUGUCUCACUUUGAGCUUUCACCUAAAUUCCUCACUCACAUCCAACUGCUACCAUGCUCCUUUUGAAAUUCAUGGUAGUCUGGCCAGAGCAGUGCAGUGUUCUUCUUCCAUUCUGAGAGAAAAAGCAAGAUCCCUCUCAACAGAGUGAAUUUGCACGUUCACAUCACAAAGGGCUUAAUCCUGCAAAGUGCUGAGCAUUUUUAACUCCCACAGAAGUCAGUGAGAAUUGUGGGUGCUCAGCACCUUCCCCUGAAUCGCUCAGUACCUUGAAAGAUCAAACCCUAGACUUUUGGCUGAAAGAAAGUGAAACUGUGGAAAAGAUGCAGAGGAAAUAAUGUGAUGCUGAUUGUAUGCAGACUGAUAACUGAGCCGGGAUAAAAAUAUUUUAAAUUAAGAAUAACUGUUCACUUCACCAGAGCUACAGCAGAUUUACACCAGUAUAAAAGAGAACAGAAUUUGGCUCCCACAAUGCUUUGCUAUUCAGUCUUUGAUUUGUAAGUGUAACCUCAGUGAAUGCAGAUUUAAUUUUGUUCCACUUGCAAAGCUGUUACAUUGCUAGAGUAAUGGAAAUAUCAUGGUUUCCUGUUUAUCUUUUGUCUUUUUAUCACAAAGGUGGCCCUUGUGGAACUGGGUUGAUUUAGAUUCUUUGUUUUUUUAGGUCUUUGAUUUUAGGGUGAAACUAUGUGCACGGUUUGUACCCUAAUGCUUUGAUGUUAGACAC